AUGAAAAUUAAAAAUAAAGACUCGAAAUCGACAGACAAGGCACCGAAACAGGUUAAGGAAAAUGGAAAAAUCGAGAAAAAGAAAAAAAAGAAAGAAAAUUUUGAAGUUCGUAUUCCUCGAAUUAUUGUACGCAAUCUAAGUUUCAAAGUCAACGAAGAUCAAUUGAAAAAAGCUUUUGAAAAAUCUAGUGCUAUAAUUAGCAAUGUAUCUAUUGCUAAAAAAGAUGGACAAUCGAAAGGAUUUGGUUUUAUAACUUUCGAUAAACUCGAAGAUGCACAAAAAGCAAUACAAACAAUGAAUGGUGGAAAAAUACUCGGUCGACCAAUGGCUCUCGAUUGGUCUUUACCAAAAAAUAUUUAUGAAAAAAUGCAAACAAAAGAAUCAUUAGUAUCAGUUCAAAAUGAUAGUUAUGGUAUUCAAUCAAAUUCAAAUUCAUCAGACAUUCAACAAGAUCAGAAAGAAAAUACACAAGAAGAUGAAGAUGAACAAGAAAAUUCAAUUGAGGAUGAAGAAGAAGAAGAAGUAUCAAAAACAAGAACAAAUGAAAGUAGUCGUGAUGUACGUGAACAUCGCACAUUAUUUAUUCGCAAUGUACCAUUUGAUGCUACUGAAGAUGAUUUAAAAAAUAUUUUAUCAUCCAAUGGUCAACAUCGUAUUCAAUCGUGUCGUUUAGUUAUUGAUCCAAUAUCUAAACAUCCACGUGGUAGUGCAUUUGUUCAAUUUGCUUCAUCCGAUGAUACACAAGAAUGUUUAAAUUUAUCAUAUACACUUCAUGGACAAGAAUUACAAAUUGAUAUGGCAUUAGGUCGUGAUGAACUUAGUAAAGCAAAAGAAUUACGUGAUAAAAAAAAAGAAAAUACAAAAAAACAUGAUCAACGUAAUUUAUCACUUGCUAAUUAUGGUGUUAUACUUAAUUUAAAUGAAUUAGAUGGAAAUGAAAAUGAUUUAAAAAAACGACAAAAAUUAGAAGAUGUUAAAAAACAAAAACUUAAAAAUCUAUUACAUUUUAUUUCACCAACACGUUUAAGUAUACAUAAUUUACCGAAAAAUAUUGAUGAUGAUAAAUUAAGAAAAAUAAUUAUUGAUAUAUUAAAAAAAGAUAAUAUACCAAUGAAAGAUAUUAUUCUUAGAGAAUGUCGAGUAAUGAAAACAACUAAAGAUGCUAAAAAAUCUCUUGGUUUUGGUUUUAUUAAUGUAUCUCGUCAUGAAAUAGCAUUAAGAAUUAUUGAAUUACUUAAUAAUAAUAAAUAUAUAUUUGGUUCAAAUCGUCGACCAAUUGUUCAAUUUUCAAUUGAAAAUCGUCGUGCUUUACAAUUAAAAGAAGAACGAUAUGAACGAUUACGUGCUAAACAAGAAUUAUUAAAAAAUCCAACAAAUAAAACAUUAUCAUUUGAAAGUAAUAAGAAUAAAAAAAAUCAACGAAAAGAUUUAUUUGAACAACAAAAUAAUAAAAUUCGUCUUAGUGAAAUUAUUAAACAACAACAAAUAAAUGACGAAUUAAAUAAUUCACAAAAUGAUAAUGAAGAUUCCAUGGAAAUUGAUAAUAAAAUAAAAUCUAUGAAUAAUUCAAAUAUUGAAACGAUAAAAAAUAAGAAAAAACGAUCAAAAACAAAAUCUAAAGGUGAAAUACGAGAUAAUCUUGAUCGAAUGAUUGCAAAUUCAAGAAAUAAAUUACAACUACCACAAAAAACAAAGAAAAAAUGGUUUGAAUAA